GAGGAGGUGAAGGCGGGAGAUGAGCAAUAUGAAGCCUCAUCCAAUCCCCGACAACUUCCCUUCUCCGCCCUUACAUGAAUUGUAUAUUCAAGUUAGAGUCAUAGCGGUUUGUCGGCAUAUUACACAAAGAGAAAGGACAGGACACAUCAGAUAUCGGGGAUAAGCGGUACCCAGACAAGCUUACAGUUUACGCCAUAAGAUGGCGAGACACAGGAUACGUCUGGACGUUGUCGCCGGUCUGCCGCUGACGACUGUGAACGCGUGUCUGUGUCUAUUCACCCUAACAUCUGUUAUCGGUGCUGUUGUAGCGACUUACCCUCUUAGACUCGUUGAUGGCGAGGAGACAUCAUCUGGUGUUACUGGACGUUUGGAGGUGUUGUAUAACGGUACAUGGGGAGCCGUGUGUGAUAGUGGCGUGAAUGAUAUCACUGCUUCUACUCUUUGUCGCAUUCUUGGACACAGCGGCGGCGGCUAUGGAGUCAGCAGGGCAGGUACUGGGGUGAUCUGGUUGGAUGAUGUGGUGUGUUCAGGGAACGAGACUCGCAUAUCCCAGUGUUCUCAUCGUCCUUGGGGAGAGAAUGACUGUUGGCAUUACGCACACCUUGGUUUAUUCUGUUCCAAUGACACAGCAGAAAGAAUCAGGCUCGUAAGUGGAUCAAAAACGGCAACCAGUCUAAGCGGACGUUUGGAGGUUUUCUACUUCGGUUUUUGGGGGACGGUUUGUGACACGAAUUCCAACAAACGCACCGCCAAUACCCUAUGCCGCGUUCUUGGUUACAGCCAUGGCUAUCCGGUCAAUCGAGCAGGAUUUGGAGAAGGUACUGGGUUUAUCUUGUUUGACAAUGUGGUGUGUUCAGGGAACGAGACUCGCAUAUCUCAGUGUUCAUAUGGUCCUUGGGGAAAUGAUAUUUGUACGCAUGGCCAAGACCUUGGUUUGGUCUGCACUAACGAUACAACAGUUGCAGAAAGAAUCAGGCUAGCAAGUGGUUCAAAGACAGCAACCAGUCUAAGCGGACGUUUGGAGGUUUUCUACUCCGGUGUAUGGGGGACCGUUUGUGAUGAUAGCUCCAACAAACUCACUGCCAAUACUCUUUGCCGCAUUUUUGGCUACAGCCGUGGAUAUCCAGUUAACAAUGCUGGGUUUGGAGCAGGCACUGGGAUAAUUUGGUUGGACAAUGUGGUGUGUUCAGGGAACGAGACUCGCAUAUCUCAGUGUUCACACGGUGCUUGGGGAAAUACUAAAUGUAGGCAUGGCCAAGACCUUGGUUUGGUCUGCACUAACGAUACAGCAGUUGCAGAAAGAAUCAGGCUCGUACGUGGAUCAAAAACAGCAACCAGUCUAAGCGGACGUUUGGAGGUUUUCUACUCUGGUGUAUGGGGGACCGUUUGUGAUGAUAGCUUCAACAAACUCACUGCCAAUACUCUUUGCCGCAUUUUUGGCUACAGCCGUGGAUAUUCGGUUAAGACGGCUGGGUUUGGAGAAGGUACUGGGAUCAUCUGGUUGGACGAUGUGGUGUGUUCAGGGAACGAGACUCGCAUAUCCCAGUGUUCUCAUCUUCCUUGGGGGGAAAACGAUUGCCAGCACGAUGAAGACCUCGGUUUGGUCUGUUCAAACGAUAACCUAGAAACUUAUCCUAUCAGACUUGUCAAUGGCGAGGAGACUUCAUCUGGUGUUACUGGACGUUUGGAAGUCUUCUACAGCGGUGCCUGGGGAACAGUCUGUGACAAUUAUGUGGACGCAGUGACCGCGGACACUCUUUGUCGCAUUAUUGGAUACAGAUAUGGCACUGCAGUUACGCGAGCAGGGCUUGGAGCAGGUACUGGGAUCAUCUGGUUGGACGAGGUGAUGUGUUCUGGGAACGAGACUAGCAUAUCUCAGUGUUCACACCGUCCUUGGGGGAAUAACAGUUGUCUUCACGAUGAAGACCUCGGUUUGGAGUGUUCAAACAGUGCAACGGCAUUUGACAUGCGGCUUGUUAACGGGACACGAGGAACUAACAGUCUCAGUGGCCGACUUGAGGUCUUCGACAAGAACUCAUGGAAGACCGUUUGUGGUGUCGCUUUCGACUACGGCAUAGCCGCAAGUACCUGUUGGCUUUUGGGAUUCAGCGAAGGAGUCGAUUUGCCGAAUGCGUAUUUUGGACAAGGAACUGGUCAGAUUUGGUUGAACGAAGUUAGUUGUUCUGGGAGCGAGACUGAUACAUCAGAGUGCUUAAAUGGGGGUAGGGGAAUUCCCAUGUGCGGUCACCACGAGGACGUGGGUUUGGUCUGUUUUACCCCAAAUCCCCAGGAGGAGCUAUUGACAAGACUGGUUGACGGUCAUCAAAGUCCAAAUUAUCUCACCGGGCGUCUGGAAAUAUUCAAUGGUGGACUCUGGGGCACAGUGUGCGAAAAGGGCUUUGGUCUGUUCUCUGCUCCUGUAGUCUGUCGUAGUCUGGGCUAUAGAAAUGGCAAUAAGGUCCCCCGAUCCAGAUUUGGAACAGGAAGUGGACCAAUAUGGAUGGACAACGUACAAUGCUUAGGAAACGAAACUAACAUCUCACAGUGCCUUCGUGGAAACUGGAGAAGUACUCCUUGCACCCACGAAAACGAUAUAGGACUAUACUGUUACAACACACCAUUUACAGGGUCAGUACAAACAAGACUUAUCUUGGGGGAGAAGGGUUUCGACCGGCAGACCGGCGUACUUGAGGUUUACUUUGCCGGCGAAUGGGGGAGAGUCUGCUUUGACAGGUUCGACAACGAAACUGCUUCAGUAGUCUGCCGGUCUUUGGGAUACAGAUUCGGAAACUAUAUACCUAGAGAUCCAUACGGGAUAACUGGAAUGAUUUGGCUGGGUGGCGCCAUCUGCCGAGGGAAUGAGACAAAUAUUGCUCAGUGUGAUCAUGGUGAAUGGGGAGAACAUUUGUGCAGCAAUGGUUUAGACGUCAAAGUCAUCUGCUCCAACACUCAGCCAGAUUAAUGGGAGAGGAUAUUUUAUCACAGAUGACUUACUGCUUGACCACGACUAUUCCUGUUGUGUGCACUGAACCGUGACUGUACCGUUAUCCUGUUAUAUAUCAACGUCGAAAAUCGGAUUUGCAUUUGCAUCGCAUAAUGCGAAUACAUCUUUUAUUUCAACAUAUAAAGCUACUGAGCAGAAAUAUCACAACUGAAGCGGUUUUUUAAUGUAUUUCUGUGUUGCAUUGGAAGGUGAAAAGACAAUUAUGCAUAACACCAAAAAAAAAAAACAUGAAUAUACGUAAGAAAAUAUAUUCUCAACACAUUUUCUUGUAUUUCGCGAAGUCUAAAGAAUAUGUGGUAUGUGCAUCCUUGUUGCAGGACGGAUUUUCCACCGCUCUUUUAUUUUAUCGCUCGCUAUACUGAUACAUGUCUAGCUGAACGCAAAACGAGGAGGUUACAUCUUCCUCUUUUACCGCCUUAGGUGUGACCCCUUCCCGACGCGGAUGCUCUACCAGCUGUGCUAUCAGUGCCGAUGAAAUCAGAAGAAUUAUAACAAGUGUACUGCUUAAGGGUCAAAGUCAUACGUGGGUUCAAUAAUAAUGAAGUCGAGACUUCACCAAGUAAAUAUAAAUCGUUUUACUCUUGAUAGAGAUCUCAGCAUGUGGUUCGAAGACUUUGUGAAACCUUUCACAUUUACGUGGUGAUGCCUCGUACAGUUGACCACUUUCCAGUCAUUACGUUUGUCAACAAUUACCUCCCUUUGUGCAGACUUGUACAGGUACUAAUCAUGCUCUCAAGCCUUGGUGGAUCAGGGAUAU